CCUUUGGGAAUCUCCUAGGAUAGCGAGUCCCCAACUUUAAUUUGGUCGAUACCGUUCUGUACAUAGUUACGAAAAAUUAAAGUCUCUCGUAUCUAUUCGUAAUGCGUAGGUUGGUUUUGAUGAUUAAAAAAAUGGUGGAAAAAGAGAUGAAGGAGAAAAGAAUAGUAAAAAAACGAAGGAAGAAUAAUGUAUUUAAAUGAUUUGCGUGUUUUGGUGUUUUCCCGAUGAUUGCUUUGUUUGCGAGUGAGUUCUUUAGUCGAAUUAUUUUAAGAUUUUGAUGAUCUCGGGAUUGAGUUGUCUCCGGUAGGGAGUUUUCUCUCUUGCUGAUUCUCUGCAAAUUCCUUUCCCUCCUGCCUCCCGGAAGACCCGCACGACGCACGAAGACAGUGAGGGUGAGAAAGAGUCGGAGAGAGAGGUGCUGUUGUGCCUGGUCCGAGGAAGAGGGAAAAUUUUUGCAGUCGUGCUCAAAACUGGAGAGAAGUCUGUUUAUUUGAAGUUAGAACUUCUGAUUUUGACAGGUAGAUUUGCUCUUCCGCUUACUCCUUCGAUGCUUUUCUUUCCAAGGAAACACUGUGUGCUUGCUGACUCAGAUGGAAACCUCAUUGAGGCCACAUUCUCAACUCAAACACAUUUAUUUUUUCUAGGCAACUGCCUUUCUUUGGUUGAGUUCAUGCUUGGCCAAAAUUGAUUCUACCAAGCAGUGUCAGUUUCAGGGAAGAUAGUCAUGGCUACAUACUACUUCCCUGGUUCUAGUGUCCAAAGAGAGGUCAUGCCUGCACCAUAUGUUAAGGAUACUGGUCAUUGUUUGUAUCCAGAAGCACCUCUUCCAGGUAGCAUGGCAUACAUGAACUUUUCAUCUGCCAAUACAUAUUCAGAAAGCAUGGACCAUCCUCAAUCUCCACAAAGUUGUGUUGAAGUUCCUAUUUCUGAUCCUAUGCUGUCAUCUGCUGAUAUUUCACAACCUGGUGCUCUCUCAAAUUUGGUAACAUCUCGCCUUGGGAACAAUGUUUUCAAUGGUUCGAGAGAUAGCAGGAAUGAAAUGUUAAUGCAAACAAGAGUCACUCUCAACAGUAUGCAGGAUACUGAUAGACGCAUGAACUGUGGCAAUGAUUUGAUCAACCGCAACAGCAUGAGUGCUGAUGUUGGUAUGCAAAUGCAGUUGGGCAUCUUGCAAGGUGGACAGAAUUUGCCAUUACAGCAGUCUGCUGUUUCAGCUGUACAUGGGCAAGGACUAUCUUUGAGCCUUGGGACACGGGUUCCAUCUGCAAUUCCACUGUCUCCUUUUCAGUAUCCACAAGAUAAUCCUGGUGUUCCAGUUAUUGGUUCAUGCCCUUCAGGUUUAGGGGCUGAGCCUCAGAAUGGUGAUAUCUCUGGUAGUAAGCAGUCAAGUGGCAAUAAAUAUCCUCCUGUUAACUUACUGAACAAUUUUCAGCCUCCAGAUAUGACAAAAUCAAUGCACAUGAAUCCCUCUUCCUGUGGAUUUUCAAAUGUUGCAGGCGCAAUUCCAAGUUCCAAGUAUCUCAAGGCAGCACAACAGCUGCUUGAGGAGGUUGUGAAUGUUCGGAAAGUUUUGAAGCCUGAGAACAACAAGAAGCAGAACUUUCAAAUGCCUAUCGGCAGAGCAGGUUCAAAAGAGAUGGAUGCAGGAAUAAAUGCAUCUGAGAACCCAUCCUCUGCAGGGGUUCUUCCAGAAUCAACCACAGGCCCCUCUAGUGAACUCUCUCAAGCUGAAAGACAGGAGCUUCAAUCAAAGCUGACAAAACUAUCAACAAUGCUAGAUGAGGUUGACAGAAGGUACAAACAAUAUUACCAUCAAUUGCAAGUGGUUGUUUCAUCCUUUGAUGCAAUCGUUGGGUGUGGUGCUGCUAAGACAUACACUGCACUUGCCUUCCAAACUAUUUCUAGUCACUUCCGUUGUUUGCGGGAUGCAAUAAGUGGUCAAAUUUGUGCAUGUCGAAGAAGUCUAGGAGAACAAGAUGCAUCAAAUGAAAACAGUGGCCUUUCUCGUCUUCGAUUUGUGGAUCAGCAGCUUAGGCAACAGAGAGCUCUGCAGCAGCUUGGGAUGAUACACCAGCAUGCUUGGAGGCCACAAAGGGGCUUACCAGAAAGUUCUGUUUCAGUUCUUCGUGCUUGGCUGUUUGAACACUUCCUUCAUCCAUAUCCAAAGGACUCCGAUAAACUUAUGCUAGCACAAAAAACUGGCCUUACUAGGAGCCAGGUGUCUAACUGGUUCAUCAAUGCACGUGUUCGGCUAUGGAAACCAAUGGUUGAAGAGAUGUACAAAGAGGAAAUUGGUGAAACUGAGUUGGACUCAAAUUCUUCAUCAGAAAAUGCAGCUAAAGAAGGUGAAUCAAAAGGAGAUUCUGAGGAACGAGAGUCUCGGGACAGCAGACAGGUGGCUGCAGAAAAAUACCAUGCUAGCCAGAAUGAUAGAACAAAGUCGGACCCCAUAACAGAUUCACGAAUGGCGAAUAAAGCUGAAAUCGAUGUAAAAGACAGUGGCAACUGUAGAAACAUGAAAUCAAUUGGCCAAUGCUCCAGCGUCGAUGGAUACCAUCUUCGUCAAGAUGCUCUUUUCCAUUCUGGUACUGGUGAGAGGAUAAUUUCAUUCCAAAUGGCAGGUUUGGAGAGGUUUGGAACUGAUGCUUACACCAGCAAGGCAUGUGCCAGCAAUGAUGUUUCUCUCACUCUGGGUCUGCAACAUUGUGAUGUUGGGCUACCAGUAUCCAGUGAACGACAAAAUUUCAUGGCCAUUGGAGCCGAGAACUCAUAUCCAACCUCCAUCAGCACAACUGCUAUUGAGUACAUGAAUAUGGGAAACCGACAGCAACAAUUUGGUACUUCCAACAUGUUGCAUGACUUUGUGUCUUGAAAGAAGCUUGUUAGCAGCUUGUAUGAGGAUAAUGGUGAUUAAAAAAGUUUGUCAGCUUCUUGUCAUAUAGCUGAGCGGGUUAUCAGUUUGAAGCAGUGUGAUAUAGAAGUGAGCUUGUAUUCUUACUUUCGCUGUAAGGCCACUUCCAUGUUCUUGUAUAAUUGUAACGUUGGAUACAUAUGACAAAAGAGAAAAGGAAUUAUUGUCUCCAUUGUAAAUUUAAAAA